GAUACGGCAAAACUCUGCGCGAGCAAAGCGCAGAUUUUCUCUCUCUACCACCGCUAAUUUCAUCGCCCCCUCUUCAACUCCCUGAAGCUUCUUGCAUCUUCAAUGGAGUCAAGACUCCAUUUUGAUUGCGACCCACGAAAAUUCGCUCGCUUGUAAUCCAGGGUGUAUCUUUGCAAGUUGUGCUGGCGUAGGUUUCGGUUCGGAGGGACGCAAAACGGAAUUAAUUGGUGCCAUCUUUUGUUAAUGUUUGGAUAAGUGGAGCUGUUGGGUUAAGAAGGCUUGUGUAUGUUUUGUCUGUUGUGGGUUCCAGAAUGAGUGUGGUGGGCUUUGAUAUAGGAAAUGAGAACUGCGUGAUCGCCGUGGUGAAGCAGCGGGGCAUCGACGUUCUGUUGAAUGAUGAGUCGAAUCGCGAGACCCUGGCUGUUGUGUGUUUUGGGGAGAAGCAGAGAUUUUUGGGUUCUGCUGGGGCUGCUUCAGCAAUGAUGCACCCGAAAUCGACCGUGUCUCAGGUGAAGAGACUGAUCGGUAGAAAAUUUACGGAUCCUGAUGUUCAAAAGGAGCUUAAAAUGCUGCCUGUAGAAACUUGUGAAGGUCCGGACGGAGGCAUUUUGAUUCGAAUACAAUAUGCUGGAGAAAAGCACACGUUCUCGCCGACUCAGGUUAUGGCAAUGCUCUUUGCGCAUUUGAAAGAAAUUUCCGAGAAGAAUCUGGAAAUCCCUGUUUCAGAUUGCGUUAUUGGCAUUCCCUCAUACUUUACAGACCUGCAAAGACGAGCAUAUCUGAAUGCUGCCACAAUUGCUGGAUUGAAGCCUUUGAGGUUGAUGCAUGACUGUACUGCAACUGCCCUUAGUUAUGGGAUUUACAAGACAGACUUCUCCAGCAGAGGCCCCACUUAUGUUGCAUUUGUGGACAUUGGCCACUGUGAUACUCAGGUUUGCAUUGCAUCAUUUGAGGCCGGGCAUAUGAAAAUCCUUUCGCAUGCUUUCGAUAGAAGCUUGGGUGGUAGAGAAUUUGAUGAGGUCUUGUUUGGUCAUUUUGCUGCACAAUUCAAAGACCAGUACGACAUUGAUGUGUAUUCGAAUGUGAAGGCCUGUAUCAGGCUGAGGGCAGCAUGUGAGAAGCUGAAGAAAGUUUUGAGUGCCAAUGCAGAGGCUCCAUUAAAUAUUGAGUGUUUAAUGGAUGAGAAAGAUGUCAAGGGGCACAUCAAAAGGGACGAGUUUGAGAAACUCGCAUCUGGGUUACUGGAGAGAAUCGGUAUCCCUUGCAAAAUGGCGUUAGCUGAUGCAGCGUUGCCUACUGAGAGGCUUCAUUCAGUUGAACUUGUUGGAUCAGGGUCUAGGAUACCGGCUAUUACUAAAUUGUUAACAUCUAUUUUCAGAAGAGAACCUAGGAGGUCAUUGAAUGCAAGUGAAUGUGUAGCUCGUGGAUGUGCUCUACAGUGCGCAAUGCUUAGUCCAGUUUUCCGAGUCCGAGAAUACGAGGUACAGGAUUCAAUACCAUUCUCCAUAGGGUUCUCAUCUGAUGGAGGCCCAAUUUGUGCAGGGUCAAAUGUCGUGUUGUUUCCAAAAGGGCACCCUGUCCCAAGUGUUAAAGUACUGACGCUUCAAAGGAGUAGCUCAAUCCAGUUGGAAGCAUUUUAUCCUAAUCCCGAUGAGCUCCCUUCAGGCAUGUCUUCAAAAAUAAGUUGCUUCAUGGUUGGCCCCUUCAAAGGUUUGCACGGAGAAAAGUCAAAGGUUAAAGUUAGAGUUCAAUUAAACCUUCAUGGCAUCGUCACUGUUGAUUCAGCCACGAUGAUAGAGGACGGUGUAGAUGGUUCAGUUAUCAAUGAUGACACUCAAGCCUGUAUUGACAAAAUGGAUUCCGAGAGUGCUUCAUUUGCCGGACAUAAUGGUGUUGAAGAUGGGACCUAUUCACAUUCUCAAUCCUCACAUGCCUCUGAUCAUCACAUCAGAAAACAUAAAGCAACCAAAAAGCAUGAGAUACCAGUUCAUCUGAAAAUAUAUGGUGGGAUGACAGAAGCUGAGGUUUUAGAAGCUCAAGAGAAAGAAUUUCAGUUGGCUCAGCAAGAUAAGAUAGCUGAACAAACGAAAGAGAAGAAAAAUGCUUUGGAGUCGUAUGUUUAUGAGACGCGGAACAAGCUUUUGAACAUGUACCGGAGCUUUGCAAGUGAUCGGGAGAAGGAGGGGAUUUCCGGAAGUCUACAACAGACGGAGGAUUGGCUUUAUGAUGAAGGCGACGAUGAAACUGAAAAUGCUUAUAUUUUGAAGCUGGAGGACCUACACAAGCUGGUUGAUCCAAUUGAGAGUCGGUAUAAGGAUGAAGAAGCUAGAGCGCAAGCUACAAGAGACCUAUUGAACUGCAUUGUGGAGUAUAGAAUGUCUGUAAAGUCACUUCCGCCAAAGGACAGAGAAUUGAUAGUGGAUGAGUGCAAUAAAGCUGAACAGUGGCUGAGAGAGAAGACCCAGCAACAGGAUUCCUUGCCUAAGAAUACUGAUCCAGUACUAUGGUCUAGCGAUAUCAAGAGCAGGGCUGAGGACCUUGAAAUGAAAUGCAAGCACAUGCUCAAGCAAAGGACGUCUAGCCCAACUUCAGGAGAGUCUGGGGGCCCAGAUCAUCACCAUUCCAGUGAUGCAUGAACAGAUUGUGGGAAGGUCACUUCACUUCUUUUUGCCCUUUUACUGGUGAGCUCAUGUCCUACAGUUUACAGGGUUUAGUUUUCGAGAGAUGUAAAUCUUUUAGGUUUUCCUUUUUGACAAUUUUAGAUUUAGAUCUAGCAAGCAAAGGUGUGGAAAUGAGAGAAGAAAUUAUAGAAGCUGACAGAACCUGAGAGUCUUGGUCAAGUGAUUUUUGUUAUAUGAGUUUGAUUCUGAAUUCUUUUCCCUUGAGAAUUGUGAAAAUUGUUGAAAUGAAUGAUCCACUCAUCUAAUGCUGAUUUCCCUGCUAUGAGGGAGACUGUGAAACUA